AUCACAAUGACAUUGGCUGGCAAAUCAUUUGGCUAAAAUUCUAUAGUAAAAAUAUGUUGUAGAAAUUACGAAAAAUUUUUCAGUGUUAUAAACAAUUUUCGGUUAGCAAAAUUUUUACGUACAAAUCAUUAAAUUAAACGUUUCAAUGUCUGACAAGGGAGAAAAGAAACCACAAAAGCAAAUGCCAACAUGGGUGAAUUUCAUAAUAGGUGGUGUUAGCGGUAUGUUGGCCGUAUGCGUGGUACAACCAGCUGAUUUGCUGAAGACUCGAAUGCAACUCCUCGGGCCGGCUGGCAAAGACUUGUCAGUGUUUCGUGUGGCCAAAGAUGUGUUUAAGGCGGAAGGCGUGAGGGGAUUCUACAUGGGCAUGUCGGCCGCGCUACUCCGACAGGCAACUUACACCACCGCACGACUCGGAUUCUUUAAGGUUUUGUUCGACAUACACAAAACGAGACGUGGUGACCCAUCAUUUCCAAUAAAGGUAUUGAUGGGAAUGCUGGCUGGAGGGGCUGGCUCGUUGUUUGGCAACCCAUGCGAUGUAGCACUCAUCCGGAUGACAUCAGACGGCAGACUACCGCCAGAGAAAAGGAGAAACUAUAAACAUGUGUUCAAUGCUUUGGGCAGAAUAAUAAGUGAAGAAGGUCCAAUGACGCUGUUCAGAGGCGUUGGUGCUACUGUAAGCAGAGCUAUGGUGUUUAAUGGUGCUCAAUUGGGCUCGUACUCACAGGCGCGAGAGAUGCUCCUCCCAUAUAUGGGUGACGGUCUACCUCUGCACAUGUUGUCUGCCAUGAUCUCAGGGUUCAACACUACUGUCGCUUCCUUGCCAGUCGAUAUUGUUAAAACCAGAGUACAGAACUCGGCGGUUGAAACGAGUCAGGUGAAGGUGCUGUUCAGCAUUUUAAAGCAUGAGGGAGUAUUCGCUCUCUGGAGUGGUUUGCUGCCCACCUACAUGAGAAUUGGACCGAUGACCAUUCUGAUCUUCAUAUUCAUGGAACAAUUUAACAAUUUAUACUUCAAAUUGGCUGGGGACUCGUGAACUUCG